GCCACUCUGCCAUUUGACUUGGUACUCACCAUCAUUACCCCAUCACUUUUCUCCUUUUCAAAUAUCCCCUCCUUUUCACUCGUUCAAAUACUCUCUAUUCGUUAACCAUUUCUCGAAGCAAGCAAGCUCACGGAAAUGGAGAUGCAGAAGAGCAGCAGCAUGUUCAUAGAACAUGGUCCCGGAGGAGCAUACAACAACGGCGAGAUCCGGAAGAACCUCGACGACGACGGCCGAGCCAAAAGAACGGGAACAUGGGUAACCGCUAGCGCCCAUAUCAUAACCGCCGUUAUCGGUUCCGGCGUGCUGUCUUUGGCAUGGGCAAUAGCACAGUUGGGAUGGGUGGCCGGACCGGCCGUUCUCAUGGCUUUCUCUUGCAUCACCUACUUCACUUCCACUCUUCUCGCCGACUGUUACAGGUCGCCGGACCCCGUCACCGGAAAAAGAAACUACACCUACAUGGAUGUUGUGAGAGCUAAUUUAGGCGGUCGGAAGGUUCAGCUAUGUGGAUUGGCUCAAUACCUAAAUCUUGUUGGGAUUACCAUCGGUUACACUAUCACCGCAUCAAUUAGCAUGGUGGCGGUGAAAAGGUCAAACUGUUUCCACAAAAAUGGGCACCAUGUGAAGUGCCACACAUCAAACUACCCAUUCAUGAUAAUCUUCGCCUGCAUCCAAGUGGUUCUGAGCCAAAUACAAAACUUUCACAAGCUCUCAUGGCUCUCAAUCCUUGCAGCCAUAAUGUCCUUCGCAUAUUCUUCCAUAGGACUCGGCCUCUCCAUAGCAAAAGUUGCUGGUGGGGGGCAUGUAAGGACAAGCUUGACCGGCGUCACGGUUGGGGUUGACGUGUCUGGGACAGAGAAAGUUUGGAGGACCUUCCAAGCUAUUGGUGACAUUGCCUUCGCUUAUGCUUACUCCACCGUCCUCAUCGAGAUACAGGAUACACUGAAAUCAAGCCCAGCAGAGAACAAGGUGAUGAAGAGGGCAAGUUUACUUGGUGUGUCAACCACCACUACGUUCUAUGUCCUUUGCGGGUGCGUUGGCUACGCAGCCUUUGGAAAUAACGCACCAGGGAAUUUCCUCACUGGGUUUGGAUUCUACGAACCCUUCUGGCUAAUCGACUUCGCUAAUGUUUGCAUUGCUAUCCAUCUCAUUGGUGCUUACCAGGUUUUCUGCCAGCCCCUCUUCGAGUUCGUGGAGAGGUGGUGCAAGAAACAAUGGCCGGAAAGCAAGUUCAUAACGAGUGAGUACGCCAUCGACGUUCCGUUAUGUGGCGUGUACUGCGUCAACUCGUUCCGGCUGGUGUGGCGGACGGUAUACGUCAUCGUAACGGCGGUUAUAGCCAUGACUUUCCCGUUCUUCAACGACUUCUUGGGGCUGCUGGGGGCGCUCUCCUUCUGGCCGUUGACCGUCUACUUCCCGAUAGAGAUGUACAUUGCCCAGGCUAAAUUGCCCAAGUUCUCUUUCACGUGGACGUGGCUGAAGAUUUUGAGCUGGGCGUGUUUGGUAGUAUCGAUCGUCGCCGCCGCCGGAUCCAUUGAAGGCCUUGCCCAAGAUCUCAAGGCCUACAAGCCCUUUAAAUCUCAGCAAUAAAUCAAUCUCCCCGACCAAGCCCUGGUUUGAUAAGAAUUAGUACUCUGUCUUUUCUCUAUCUCAUCAAAAACUGUUUCCAUUUACUAAACUGUAUCAGAAUGAAACAAAAGAAAAAGAAAAAGAUGUAUUGUAAGCCUAGUUUAUCUGCACAGAAAAGCAUCCGUGCAAUCUCUUGCCCUGGUUCAAUCUACUGUUAGAGUCCAUUACCUAAAAUUACAAAAAUACCCUUAUGAAAUAUAAAAUGACUUUCCUGAUUUCUUUUU